AUGGAGGCUGGGAUACCGACACGACGCCCAAUCACUGGCAGUACGGCUGAGUGCGUUAAGGAGCCACCGUGGGAGGCAGUCAGGCAGGAAGCUGCGAAAACGGCCAUGGAGGCCGCCCGGCUUGUGAAGGCAGCCCAAACGUCGGCCUUUGAACUCAAAGCAAUCGAGGAGGUGGAGGCCGCAGAAGCUCUAGACUCCGAAGAAGACGAAGGGGAGGAUCACAUCGACGGCGAUGACGGUGCCUACGGCUCGACAUAG